CUUAUGCGGCAUCUUGUUGAAAACGUCCCUGUCCAAGGUCCUGAAAUCUGCUUUACCAAGCAUGCGUCAUGUGACUUCACCCAGCACUGCCUAGCUCAGCACCAAGCCUACUGGUUUCUGGAGAUUUCAUGUGAGAAAAGGACGAACCCCGAACCCCUUUCCCCCUCAUCUUGCGUUGUUUAGACUGUUUCUUUUUUUCACCCUCCCGCCGUUUUUUUGGCCCGUUUUUUGCGUAUCGGAUAAUGUGGACCUUUGAAGCGCUCGGAGUAUGACAAAAGAUUUUUAGGAUGCUGGACUUGUGCUGCUCGUUUUGUUCCUCUCUUUUUACUUAAAUGCAAACACCGUGAAUGCGUCGGACAGAGUGGACGAGCCUGCUGCUAUAGUGGUUCGCAUUCAGAAAGUCGUCCUGUCUUUUCUUGAUUUUAUUUUAUUUUAUUUCUCUGGAGCGACUUCAGGAGGAUGUAACGACCGAUUAACCUUGCACAGCUUAAGUGUCCUCAUCAAAAUGCAGAAGGGAAUACGACUUAAUGAUGGUCAUGUCACCUACCUGGGGCUUUUGGCGAAAAAGGAUGGUACAAGACGCGGGUGCUUGAGCAAAAAGAGCUCAGACAACACGAAAUGGCACACGAAGUGGUUUGCUUUGUUACAAAAUGUGCUCUUUUAUUUUGAGAACGAGUCCAGCUCGCGACCCUCGGGAUUAUACCUGUUGGAGGGAUGCAUAUGCGACAGGGCGCCUUCACCGAAACCUUCACAGUCAGCCAAGGAGUGUUUGGAAAAGCAGUACUAUUUCACCGUCAGCUUCACCCAUGAAAACCAAAAGGCGCUCGAGUUACGCACAGAAGAUGUAAAGGACUGCGAUGAAUGGGUGGCUGCAAUAUCACACGCCAGUUACAGAAACUUGGCCAACGAGCAUGAGACUCUCAUGCAGAAGUAUCUUCAUCUGCUACAGAUUGUGGAGACGGAGAAAACAGUUGCUAAGCAACUUCGACAACAGAUAGAAGAUGGGGAAAUAGAGAUUGAAAGGCUUAAGUCAGAGAUCUCCACACUGCUCAAAGACAACGAAAAGAUUGGCGCCAGCCCUGCGGCCGUGCCAACCGAUGACGACACAGAAAUCAAGAAAAUCAAAAAAGUCCAGAGCUUCUUGCGAGGCUGGAUCUGCAGGAGGAAGUGGAAGACAAUCAUCCAGGAUUACAUCCGCUCACCACAUGCAGAGAGUAUGAGGAAGAGGAACCAGGUGGUGUUCAGCAUGUUGGACUCAGAGGCCGAGUACGUCCAGCAGCUUCACAUCCUGGUGAACAACUUCCUGAGGCCACUCCGCAUGGCAGCCAGCUCCAAGAAACCGCCCAUCACCCAUGAUGAUGUCAGCAGCAUAUUCCUCAACAGUGAAACAAUCAUGUUUCUACAUCAGAUAUUUUACCAGGGUCUGAAAGCCAGAAUAGCGAGCUGGCCGACAUUAGUGCUGGCCGACCUGUUUGACAUCCUGCUGCCCAUGCUUAACAUCUACCAGGAGUUUGUGAGGAACCACCAGUACAGCCUGCAGAUCCUGGCUCACUGCAAGCAGAACCGAGACUUUGACAAGCUGCUGAAACAGUACGAGGCCAAGCCCGACUGUGAGGAGAGGACUCUGGAGACCUUCCUCACCUACCCCAUGUUCCAGAUUCCCCGCUACAUUCUCACACUCCAUGAGCUUCUGGCGCACACACCCCAUGAACAUGUAGAGAGAAACAGUCUGGACUACGCCAAAUCUAAGUUGGAGGAGCUUUCCAGAAUCAUGCACGACGAAGUGAGUGAGACGGAGAACAUCAGGAAGAACCUGGCAAUAGAGCGCAUGAUCGUAGAGGGCUGUGAGAUUCUCCUCGACACCAGUCAGACAUUUGUAAGACAAGGGUCUCUCAUCCAGGUGCCGAUGAGCGAGAAGGGCAAGAUCACCCGUGGGCGACUGGGUUCUCUGUCUCUGAAGAAGGAGGGGGAGAGGCAGUGCUUUCUCUUCUCCAAGCAUUUAAUCAUCUGCACCAGGGGUUCUGGGGGAAAGCUUCAUCUCACCAAGAAUGGAGUAGUCUCGCUCAUAGACUGCACUCUUAUGGAGGACCCCGAGGGGACAGAUGAUGAGUCCAAAUCAGACAAGAGCGGCCAGGACAUGGAGCACCUGGACUUCAAGAUUGUUGUUGAGCCAAAGGACAGCCAGUCAUUCACAGUCAUCCUGGUCGCCUCCUCGAGGCAGGAGAAGUCUGCAUGGACCAGUGACAUCAGCCAGUGCAUAGACAACAUCCGCUGCAAUGGGCUGAUGAUGAACGCCUUCGAAGACAACUCCAAAGUCACAGUACCACAGAUGAUCAAGUCAGAUUCCAGUCUGUACUGUGAUGAUGUGGACAUCCGCUUCAGUAAGAUGAUGAACUCCUGCAAGGUGCUGCAAAUCCGCUACGCCAGCGUGGAGCGCCUGCUGGAGAGACUGACCGACCUCCGUUUCCUCUCCAUUGACUUCCUCAACACCUUCCUGCACUCCUACCGCGUGUUUACCACUGCUGAUGUGGUGCUGGACAAGCUCAUCACCAUUUACAAGAAGCCUAUCAGUGCCAUCCCUGCUCGGUCCCUGGAGUUAUUCUUUGCCAGCAGUCAGAACAGUAAACUCCUGUAUGGAGAGCCUCCCAGCUCCCCCAGGGCCAGCAGAAAGUUCUCCUCCCCACCUCCUCUCGCCAUCGCCAAGAAUUCAUCCCCAAACCGCCGGCGCAAGCUCUCCCUCAACAUCCCCAUCAUCACUGGGGGCAAAGCUCUUGACCUGGCUGCCCUCAGCUGCUCCUCAAAUGGCUAUGCAAGCAUGUACUCAUCCAUGUCCCCAUUCAGCAAGACCACCUUGGACAUAAACAAGCUGUACGUGUCCAGCCCCAUCUCCAGCAAAAUUCCUGAUGAGGGGGAGGACAAGAAAGACAAGGUGGAGGAGACCUCCGUGUGCAAACAAGAUCUCUCUGUGCGAGAAGAAAGUGACAAUGAUCAAAACCAGAGCGAUGACGGGGAGGCAGAAGCCUCUCCCACCAAGUCACCAACCACCCCGAAAAACAUCAAAUGCAAAAACUCCUCAGAGUUCUCUCUGUUUUCUUACAACAAUGGCAUGGUGAUGUCCUCGUGUCGAGAGCUGGAUAACAACCGCAGUGCCCUGUCCGCUGCCUCCGCCUUUGCUAUUGCUACAGCUGGAGCCAACGAGGGCACGCCCACCAAGGAAAAGUAUCGCCGGAUGUCCCUCGCCAGCACUGGCUUCCCAACCGAUCAGAGAAAUGGAGACAAAGAGUUUGUGAUCAGACGCGCAGCAACCAACAGAGUCCUGAACGUGCUGAGGCACUGGGUGUCCAAACACUCUCCGGACUUUGAGAGUAAUAAUGAACUAAAGACAAAAGUUAUUGCCUUCCUGGAGGAAGUGAUGCAUGACCCUGAGCUGUUGACCCAGGAGAGGAAAGCAGCAGCCAACAUCAUCAGGACUUUAACUCAGGAAGAUCACGGUGACAAUCAGAUCACCCUUGAAGACGUGACGCAACUGGUAGGAGAAGGGAAGCCCGAGCCUUUUGAGAGCCACUCUGCGCUGGAGAUCGCAGAACAGCUCACUCUGCUGGACCACCUGGUGUUUAAGGUCAUCCCAUAUGAGGAAUUCUUUGGACAAGGCUGGAUGAAGAACGACAAAAACGAGAAGACGCCAUACAUCAUGAGGACAACGAAGCACUUCAAUGAUAUAAGCAACCUUAUUGCCACAGAGAUCCUGCGAUGUGAGGAUGUGGUCACUCGAGUGGCGGUCAUAGAGAAAUGGGUGGCAGUAGCUGACAUCUGCCGCUGUCUCCACAACUACAAUGCUGUGCUCGAGAUCACCUCCUCCCUCAACCGUAGCUCCGUCUUCCGCCUAAAGAAGACCUGGCUCAAGGUUUCCAAGCAGACAAAAGCAUUGAUUGACAAGCUGCAGAAGCUGGUCUCAUCAGAGGGGAGGUUCAAAAACCUGAGAGAGGCUUUGAAGAACUGUGAUCCUCCGUGUGUACCCUAUCUGGGGAUGUACCUCACUGACCUGGCUUUCAUUGAGGAGGGAACACCAAACUACACUGAAGAAAACCUGGUCAACUUCUCCAAGAUGAGAAUGAUUUCUCACAUCAUCAGAGAAAUCAGGCAGUUUCAGCAAACAGCAUACAAAGUUGACCUGCAACCAAAGGUAGCCCAGUAUCUGCUGGAUAAUAGCUUUGUUCUGGAUGAAGAGAGCAUGUACGAAGCCUCACUCAGAAUUGAGCCCAAAGUGCCCAACUGAUGAGGAAGUUGGUCCUUCACAUUAUUUUCUCUGUUAAUAUUAUACAUCGGUCAACGUACACAUCAACUUUUGUAUAGUUGUACAUGUUUAAGAUAUUCGCUCUUCUGUACAGUAGAUGUUUAAGGUUGUUUGAUGACACAAAACCUUUCAGUGUAUAUUUUUUGUUUGUUAUAGUUGCCAUGACGCCACAUGCUUUGAGGAUUUAUUUUUUUUAUUUCUUUGGGGUAUUUCAAGCAUAAUAACAGAGGUCUCUUUGGUUGCACACAGCAGUGUCCUCUUAGUGACCAAUGACAUUAUUUUGCAUCAUCUCAUACUGUGUUGACUCUGCACUUUCUGAGCACUCAUGCUGCCGGCCAUUGUUCUCUUUGCUUGAGUUUUAUCGAUGACUAAGUUUCUCUGCAACCAAUGUAGCAUUGUAAAAAUGUAACUGCAUCAUAUCAGGUAAAAGAGCACAGAGAUUUUUACUGUAUUUAAAGUUAGGGAAUAAUGAUCAGUGUAGACGACAGCCAGGUACCCCGAAGCAUAGAUGUCUCUGUGCUUCCCAAACCAAAACAAGAGGGAUUUGUUUCUUCAUUUCUGCACACUAAAGUCAGAGGUUCCCAACUGUUUUUUUGCAAUGCAGACCAUUUUUAUAUUGUCAUCCUGGACCAGCCCCAAUGGAACGGACCAGAGCUAAAACCUGAAAUGGAAAACAAAGCUAAAAAUACUGAAUGAGUGCUCAGUGUGCCGAUGGAAAUAUCAUCUCGCAUACUCAUAAACUGUUUAAAUUAACAAGAAUAAAAGUUGACAGCCAUGCUUGUACCUCUGCAAGGCUUCAAUUUGACACAGCGGCUAAACACUAACAUCAGCAUGCCAACAUGCUUAUGUUUGCCAUGUUUGCCUUCUUUGUUCAGUGUCUUAGGAAGGUUACGUUUGCUAAUUAGCAUUAAACAAGUCAAUUAAAAACACUUUAUUUGGCAAUUUGCAGAGCCACAGAGAGCACAAUAUUGGACAUUUUAAAAAUACAUAAAACUGUGGGGAAAACAGUAUAAGCCGUAGCCUACAAAUAAUUAUAAUAAUAUGAGAAUGACAAUGAUUUUAUUAGUGCAAACACAAAUAAAAUUCAGCUAAUUCUAAUGGGGCUGCUGUCAGUUUUGCAAGUAUUUGAUCAUAAACUACUGAAUCAGUUUAAAUGUUCAAAGUAGUUCAAGGGCAUCUAUUAGCAAAAAUGGUAUAUGUUUUUUAUAAUGUUUUCAAGAGAGUAUAAUCACCUGAAAAUAAGAACCAUGGUGUUUUCAUUACCUUCAAACUUGUUUUGUUACCUUAUAUCUACGGAGCGGGUCCUCUUCCAUGUAGUUCGCCAUAUUGUUCUAUGGUUGCCCACAACAGACAAGCGCAUAGACAUAGCAUAAUCUGACCUAUAAAAGCCAAAAAAGUGUUUCCAUUGCAGUUUUGCAAAAUAUGGC